GGAAACGAAGGAUUAUGGUAUCCUGAAGUCUCCUUGCAUUGAUGAGAGAUCCAUAGAGUCCGAAUGAAGUGUUGGAGGUGGUGAUGCCACUCCCUUGGCCUGCUGCCAUUUCCUCCAUCUCUCGCCUUGCUCCUCGGCUCCCUUCCUCCUCCUUUCUCAAAUCCGGGAUCAAACUUGUUCCUAUGGCGUCAAUGGAGGAUGGAGAAGCAUUGUUGCCUUUACGGAGAAAACUGGCGUCCUCUCGAAUUUGUCUUGUUUCUGGUUUCUCUACUGAGUUGCUUGAGGUGCGCUCGGAGGCUCCCGCUUUCCAUGUUCUUGUUAUUCCCGGGAAUCCAGGCAUUGCUUUGUUUUACAAGGAGUUCAUUGAGGCGCUCUAUCAACUGCUCGAUGGGAAUGCAUCCAUAACAGCUAUCAGUCAUAUUUCACAUUCAAGAAAGGAUCGGGAACGUGGAAGGAGGUUCUCAUUACAAGAGCAAAUUGAUCACAAGUUGGAUUUUAUAAACCAAGAGCUCCGGAUCAGUGAAAUUCCCCUCAUACUGGUUGGGCAUUCAAUCGGAGCAUAUAUAUGUCUUGAGAUUUUCAAGAGACAUCCAAAUCAGGUCAUGUUUGUUGUAGGUCUUUAUCCGUUUUUGGCUCUUAACAGGGAUUCCUUGACGCAGACUAUCAUUCGGAUUAUCGCAGGGUCCACAUUUCUAAAUGUUUCUGCUAGUUAUCUUGUGUCCUUAUUGGGGUCAUUUCCAGUUCGGUUUCUGAGAACUCUCGUUAGAAAAUUGUUGGGCAAAUCAUGGUCUACAACUGCUGUUGAUGCUGUAUGCGAUAACAUUUUGCAGUACCAUACCAUGCGUAAUGUCCUUUACAUGGUCUUGACAGAAUUUGCAGAGUUUACUGAAGAGCCUGAUUGGGAAUUCAUGAGAGACAAGAAGAACCAACUUGCACUUUUGUUUGGCACUGAUGACCAUUGGGCUCCUUUGUCAUUCUUCAAAUUGGUUUCAGAGAAGGUGCUUGAUCUCGAUCUAUCGAUUGAGAUGGAAGGUCACACCCAUGCCUUUAGUUGCACAGAGGCUGGAUCAUUAUGGGUUGCGCGGCAUGUCGCUGCCUUGAUCAGUGACAAAUUGAAGAUACAACUCAAUGCUAAUUCUUAGAUGUGAACGGUUACACCUCGAUGCAAGUAUGUGAUUUAAUCACAGAGCCAUAUUGGUUAAUUAAACUAAUAAAGCAAUCUAGCUUGUUUUAUAUUUAGUAGAACUAGUGUCAAUAUAUUCUACAAAUGCAAAGGAAGAGUUUCUCUGUUUAUCUAUUGUUGUAUUUCUGAUGGUUAUUUUUUAGUCAACAACUGCAACCAUCAUUGUUGAUCUCAAUAAUGCUUUCAUGCCAUAUGAUAAGGCAUGGCAUCACUAGUCUUA